AUGAACGGUAACGAAGGCGUGAAGAUGGAGAACCGCAGAGAAGCUUUGGUUUAUAUGUCGGGAUAUUUACCCGGAGUUUCACCGGAAAAGUCUCCGAUGCUGUCUCUGGAGCCGGUACAGUUUCCGGAUCCAAUGGACGGUGGAGAUUCCUGGAAGGAUGUCUGCGGUGGCGGUUGUGGUUUCGCUAUGGCCAUUUCAGAGAGUGGGAAACUGAUGACCUGGGGCUCGGCGGACGAAGAAGGACAGAGCUACCUGGUUGCGGGGAAGAAUGGGGAGACUCCGGGGAUUUUUCCUCUCCCAACUGAAGUCUCGGUGGUCAAGGCUGCGGCUGGUUGGGCCCAUUGUGUUUCUGUUACAGAGAGUGGUGAGGUAUAUACAUGGGGGUGGAAAGAGUGUGUUCCCUCGGGAAAGGUAUUCCAUGAUUUGGCUUUGAUGGGAAGUAUUGAGAAGGAUGCUACAACUACUGGGAAACUAAGUUCAUUACCAGCUGAACAAGGAAGAUCAUUGUCCCGAGGUUAUAAUUUUAGCUGUGAGACAGUAUCUCAUGUUGACAGCAAAAGGGCCGGAGAGGAAGUUGCAAAGCGAAGGAAAACUUCAUCAGUUAAAUUAGAACCGGAAAGUUCAACAGCCGGUGAUGAACUCUUCAUGGCAUCGCCUUGUCUUGUUACAAUGGGUCUUGGAGUGAGGAUCACUACUGUUGCUGCUGGUGGACGGCACACUUUAGCAUUAUCAGAUGUGGGACAGGUUUGGGGUUGGGGCUAUGGAGGCGAAGGACAGCUAGGUUUGGGUUCUCGGAUGAAGAUGGUCUCUUCUCCUCAUCUCAUACCCUGCAUCGAUCAAUCUGCUUCUGGGAAGGACAGGUUUUCUGCAGUAUCUCAAAGUUCAAAAUUUCCUGGCAGUUAUGUGAAGGAAAUUGCUUGUGGAGGUCGACAUAGUGCAGUAAUAACAGAUACUGGAGCACUACUUACUUUUGGCUGGGGCCUGUAUGGACAGUGUGGGCAAGGGAAUACAAAAGAUCAGCUAAAAGUUACCCGUGUGGAGUCGUUAAUGGAUACUAGAGUGAAAAGUAUAGCUGCUGGACUAUGGCAUACUCUCUGUAUAUCUGUUGAUGGCUGUGUAUAUGCUUUUGGGGGGAAUCAGUUUGGACAAUUGGGAACAGGUGUUGAGGAAGCUGAGACUCUACCUAGGCUUCUGAACUCUUCAAGUCUGGAAAACAAGCAUGCCACUGCAGUUUCCUGUGGAGCACGCCAUAGUACUAUACUAACGGAAGAUGGUGAUUUAUUUACCUGGGGAUGGAACAAGUAUGGGCAGCUUGGUCUGGGCGAUUCUGUGGAUAGGAACAUUCCUUGUCGAGUUUCUAUUGAUGGCUGCCUACCUAAGCAUAUCUCAUGUGGCUGGUGGCACACGCUGUUGCUGGCGGAAAUACCCAAUUAA